AGAUGGAGAAGUUUGUCAUAAGGUGGCUGUAGCUUGUACCAGAAAGAGAAAGGAGAGGACCAAACACAGCAAGGAAAGGGCGGAUAGAUCCAGGGAGACAUAGACACAUUUACAUACACACGUACAUGAAAGGGAUAAACACUGAAGCGUUGUACAUUAUAUGGAAAUAAUGGACGACUUGGUACUGCCCGAUUUGAUUCGUUCCAGAUAAUGUGCGGAGCAGAGGCGUUUAUCCCGCUUACACCACAGUUGCCAAAGAAAACAAGCACACAUUUACUGCUCUAUCUCCACACUCUCUCCACUUGUUUCUAUUUAGGCAUGUGUGUGGAAUAGAAAUGUUCCAGGCCUUUUGUUAGGCCGGUCCUCAGUACCUCCACUGCCAUCCGCUCAUAUAAUAGGAGCUCAGGCUCAGGCUCAGGCUCAGGGGGCAGAGAGUAGGAGGGGAAAGGUCUGCCACCAUAAUCAAGGAGGGAAAGAGGCGGGAGACUGUUUGUCUGGGAUACACAGGAGGAGAGAGGAGCCCCAACUCAGGUCAGCAUUUAAAUGAAGCCAGAAUCAUCUUCGUCAUCUCAGAACAUGGAUUUGAUUUCCAGUACCUGACAGUAACUGUGCCGAGGUGUUUGUGAAUAGCCACUUUUGGAAUCUCAUACUCCAGAGGGUGAGCAAGCUGAGAGGCAGUGGGCUGUCCUGUAUCUGACUGGAUAGAAUGGGUGAUCCAGCGGAGGACAGAGGGAAGCUGACCAGCCAACAGGAGCUGUGUGUUUCUGACAAGCAGGCCACCAAACGCCCCUGCUGUUCCACACUCAAGCUGUUCAUCGUGGCCCUGUCAUUCGCCUACUUCUCCAAGGUUCUGUCAGGGACCUACAUGAAGAGUGCCAUCACUCAGAUAGAGAGACGCUUUGACCUGUCCAGCUCUCUCAUCGGACUCAUAGACGGCAGCUUUGAGAUGGGUAACCUGCUGUUCCUGGCUGUGGUCAGCCAUUUUGGCGCAAAGAUGCACCGGCCCAGGCUCAUUGCUGUGGGCUGUUUCCUCAUGGCUGUAGGAUCAUUCCUCACAGGCCUGCCACACUUCUUCAUGGAACGCUACACAUUUGACACAGUCAUCCAAGGCUCAAUGAAUGACAGUGUCAGUAUAACUCCAUGUCUGGAUCUUCUAAAUCAGACAGACAUCCCUGAGAUCCAGAGGGAGACACCUUCGGACAUCAACACAGACUGUGUGAGGGACUCCAGCUCCCACAUGUGGAUUUAUGUGUUUCUGGGAAACGCUCUGAGGGGCAUAGGAGAGACCCCCGUCACCCCACUAGGCAUCUCCUACAUCGACGACUUCGCUAAAGCUGAAAACUCUGCUUUUUACAUUGCAUGUCUACAGACCAUCACACUGCUAGGUCCCAUGUUCGGUUUCCUGCUGGGGUCGUUGUGUGCCAGUCUCUAUGUAGACAUUGGAUAUGUCGAUCUGGAGACUGUGACCAUCACUCCCAAGGAUGCCCGCUGGGUGGGGGCCUGGUGGCUGGGUUUCCUGGUCUCCUCUGUCAUCAUGCUCCUGUCAGGCAUCCCCUUCUGGUUUCUGCCCCGCUCGCUGCCAAAGCAGGGAGAGGAGAACAAGCUGCCCCCUAGCCCCCCUACUCAGGAUGGGACAGAGAACAACGACGCCACCUCACAUCAGGCCAUGGCGCUGGCUGAAAUUGCAAAAGGUGGUUUCAUACCAUCACUGAAGAAGCUGCUGAGCACACCAGCGUACUUUCUGCUUCUGUGUGGCAGCCUCCUGAAGUUCAACUCCUUCAUUGGCCUGCUCACGUUCAAAGCCAAGUACAUGGAACAGCAGUUUGGCCAAUCAGCAGCCAGAGCCAACUUCCUCAUUGGUGUGUUGAACCUGCCUGUGGUUGCCGUGGGGAUAUUCCUGGGCGGUCUACUGAUGAAGAGGUAUAAGCUUGGUGUUGUGUCUGGAGCCCAGCUGUCUUUCGUCACCUCCUUCAUGGCCUACCUCCUCCUCCUUCUGCAGUUUGGCACUAAGUGUGACAACGUUCAGGUGGCUGGGCUGACCGUGUCCUACAAUGGGACCCCUGGUGUAGUGUACAACGGCAACCUGUGGUCAGAGUGUAACAGAGACUGCUCCUGCUUGGCUGGGGAGUGGGACCCUGUGUGUUCAGACAACGGCAUCACGUACACCUCCCCCUGCCUCGCAGGAUGCUCCAGCUCUACAGGAUACGGCAAGAACACGGUAUUCCACAACUGUAGCUGUGUGCUGUCCUCCUCUGCACCAGAGGGCAGCAUGUCAGUAAUAUUAGGCCAGUGUCCUCGCAGCAGAGAGUGCAGCCGCAGCUUCACUUCCUACAUGGCUGUGUCCGUACUCAGCUCCUUUAUCAACUCCCUUGGGACCACGCCUGGAUACAUGGUCAUCAUACGGUGCAUCAAGCCCGAGCUAAAAUCACUGGCAUUAGGUAUCCAAACUUUGGUGAUGAGAACCCUAGGGGGUAUUCCAGCACCAGUGUACUUCGGGGCUUUGAUUGACUCAACAUGUUUGAGGUGGGGGAUCAAGAAAUGCGGGGGCAGAGGUGCCUGUCGAAUGUAUGACUCUGAUAUGUACAGGGUGAUCUUCCUUGGCCUCAUCACAUGUCUCAGUGGCUCCUCCUACUUUUUCAUCAUCGCAGUCAUUGCCCUGCUGAGGAUACAGUUUAGGAAGGAGGGGGACACCACAACGGGACAGCCCCCACACUCAUCGCUAGAGAUCGAACUUCAGACUCCCCCAAAAACCACUGAACCCCUCAACACACCGAAGGAAAUUGAGGUGCACACCCCUAAAGAGGGAGAAAGAGAGGGAGAGCCGGAACAGGAUAACUCCCUCCAAACUCAAAAAGACACAGAGGUGGAGGAGGAACUAUUCAACACCCAAGUAGAGAGAACGAGUGACCUCAUUCUAACUCGCAGCCAGAAAGAGGAGGUGGAAGAGGUGUUCAGUAGAAGAGAGGAGGAUGUUACUCCAGAUGCCAUCCCUCCUGCUCCUGUGAGCAAGGAAGACGAGAAGCCUUCUGAUCAGGCCAACGAGCAGGCGGAGGGAGAGGUCAUAGUGAUUCACACCCACAGAGAGAAAGACAACCCACACAACCUCUUGGCUGAGAUGAACCACACAGAGGUAGAGGGCCUUCAGGGCUAGCCAGUCGGCCUGCCUGCUCCUCAAGUCAAUUGUAUUUAAAUUCAUGUUCAUUAAAGAUUUGUACUCAAUCAUUUAAAUGUGCCAUUUACUUAAAAGUAUACAUUUUCACUGUCUGCAACCCUUAAGAAGCAGGGUGAGUCUGGGUCUCCCUUUUACUGGCAAACACAACUUGCAUAUCAUCAUAGACCAGGCCGAAACGUUAACCUUGCUUGAAUAAAACAAUGCAUUUUGAUUAAAGUAUUUGGUUGCAUCUCAACGUUGGUUGAGCACCCUCCAUUUUUUGGGCAAAUAA